AUAUUUCGUUGACGCAGUUACAAUUUGUGUUUAUAAAAGAAUGUAGGAAGUUCUAAAGUGGCACUGUAACAGAAAAUUUUAGAUUUGUACUUUUCUAUAUAAUAACAAUCUAUUGUGAAUAAUAUGUUUCGUGUAAGAAAUAGUUGUAGCUACUACGUGAAAUUGGAUCUGUCGAUUCUGAUUAUAUGUUGCUGGACGUUAAUUCCAAAUAUAGGUGCUUACACAAUCGAUGAAAGAAGCUUUCAAUACUUAAAUAGUAUUUCCUCAGAGGAUUGGGAGCGUGACUUAGUCUUUGGAAUCGAAUCUGUAAACAGACAGAAAAGGCUUGAAGGAACUCUGGUGAAGUCCGGAAUAAUUGUCGAAAAAGGUGGUAUCUCACAUACUUAUCUUUUGGAUGCUUUGCCAAACGAAGAAGCAAAAUUGGACAAUGACGUUGCUAGUAAACUUUUGGCUGCUAGUCUUUAUAUCUUCAAUAGUAAAUGUCUACCCCAUGGAAUAAAUGGCAAAGAUUGCGAAACAUUUUUAUCAAAUAAGUCACUUCCAAAAGGAAGUGAAUUGUUACAAAAAUGUUUAAGAAUCAUUGAAAAACGACGCAAUGGCCACAACACAUUUCGAAGAUUAUUGGAUCGCCAUUAUCAGGAUGGCAUCUAUCAGAUGUUGCCUCUUGUUUCACCUCUCAUGGUGAGUAAAUCCUUGCACAACUUGAGUGUGAAAAAAAAUCUCGAGGACAAGCAAAGAAACUUAGCUGUUAUACAGUGGACUCAAUUCGUUGAGCAUGAUCUCAGUAAACCUGUAGUUACAACAAUGAAUGGAAGUCACAUUGAAUGCUGCGAUAAUAACAGUUUUGAGCUCAUACCCAGAUAUCGACAUCCAUUUUGUGCUCCUUUGAUAAUAAGAAACGAUGAAUCGCAGUACGCAAAAGUUAACUGUUUCAAUUAUGUACGUAGUGCUGUUGCUGUCAGCACAAAAUGCACAUUCGGCGCGGUGGAACAAUUAAACCAAGCAACAUGGCUUUUGGAUUUAUCUCAACUAUACGGUUUCACAGAUGAGGCGCAAAAACGCAUGCGCACAUGGACUAAUGGUCAAAUUAAAUUCGCAGCCAAGACUUCAAAUAUCUAUAAUGAUGAACUAGCUGUGGUACCUGGCGACUGGAGUAAUUAUUGUGCGUUCAAAAACCCGUCCAGGCAAAUUAGUCAAUGUUUCAUGGCUGGCGAUUCUCGAGCAAACAAUAGCCCACUCACGAUAUCUAUUUAUACACUAUUUAUUAGAAAUCAUAACCAGAUUGCCCAAAAACUAACUAUUAAAUAUCCGUUAUGGCAGGAUGAAGAUCUUUUCAGAACAGCAAAAGCAAUUAACAUACAAAUCUAUAGGAAUAUUGUUUUUGACGAGUGGCUGCCCACUGUGUUGGGCGAAGAUGUUGCUCUUAAAAUUAAAGAAUUUUCGUUCAACAAGGAAUCUGUGGACAUUGAUAGAAUUUCAAAUGAAUUUGGGAUCGCAGCCAUGCGGUUUUACAUGUCCAUGAUGCCGAAUUUUCUGCAGAAUUUUACUGAAGUAAAACGUGUGGAGUACACUACAUCGGGUUCGCUUCCGCAAGAAAGUGGAGUUAUCCGCAACGAAAAUUUAGUUUCAUUUUUUAAUCAAACAUAUAAGCCUGAUUUGGAAUAUACUCCUGAACAAAUUGAUACCAUACUGGAAUCGAUUUUGAACCAACAUGCCAUGAAAUUAGAUACAGUAUAUGAGGACAGUCUUAUUUGGAAUAACUUUGGCGUGAAUAGACCCACACAUGGUGAUCUGCUGGCUUACGAUAUUCAACGAGGGCGAGAUCAUGGUUUAAGACGCUAUAUUGACUAUUUGAAGCUUUCAAUUGGACAAAACAUCGGUACCUGGAAAGAUCUCGAGAGUUUUAUAGAAAUUGACGACCUAAAUGUUUUAAAAACUACUUAUAGUAAUGUUGAAAACAUUGACCUUCUAGUUGGUGGUAUGGCAGAAAAAAAAUCACUCGGAGCUGCAGUUGGACCAACGUUUAAAUAUAUUUUGGCCGAACAGUUCUCGAAGAUAUAUCAGAGGCAGCUUCAUGCUUUAGACCCAAUAUUAACGGAUUUGGUACAAUUUAAAAAAGCAAACGCGGUUGAAUUGCUUUGCGCAAAUUCUAAAUUGAAUAAUGUGCAGAGAAAUAUAUUUAGUUUACCUUCGGACAAAAAUCCAAUGUUGCCAUGUAAUGAACAUGUGGAGCUAUUACGUCCAUAAGAUAUUGUAGACUUUUAUAGAUUGUUGAACAAUUGUAAAAAACAAUUAAAUAAAUGUGUAAAAAUUUGGCAGUGAUGUUGCUGUUUAAAUGAAA